AAGGAAAGUUGGAGAAAAAGAUAAACGUUCUUCAAAACGUAUGAUACCUAGUACACCAACUGCAGAUGAUUAUCUUAAACCAUCAAGUCCAUCACCAUUUGAAUCUCAAUUAAAUGAUGCAGCAGAAAAAUUUGCUCAAGAAAAUCCACCACAAGAAGAAAUUCCACCGUCUGAACAUGUUACAUAUAUUCAAAGUCUUGGUGGAGCAAAAGCUUGGGAAUGGGCACCUGAUGAACAUUCGUUAAUACAACAAAUUGUUUCCUUAACUAACGAAGGAAGUAUCGUCACUUUUCAUAAACAAGUGAAUGCCAUGAUACAAACGAAUUACCCAUUCUUUAUACCUCAAACAGAAGGGGAUACAAUUUAUGAGCCACCAUUUGAACAACCUGAAACCAUGGAACAUCGACUUGGACAAAUGUUGCAUUAUUUCGAAAUUACUAUUUUAUCAAAUCCUGAAGGAAAAACUAAUAUAGCGAUUGGACUUGCAACUAAACCAUAUCCUCCUUUUAGUAUAUAUUCGGUUGGUUAUCAUUCAAGUGACGGACGAAAAUUCAACGACGCACCUAGUGGUAGAGAAUAUGGACCAACAUGGGGAGAAGAUAUAGUUAUAUUAAUACUAG